AUGAUUUAGAAGAAUUUAAUCAUAUAAAAUUCUUUAAAUAUAUUACUGACUCAAAUGAACAAACUUUAAUUAAUUUAGAAAAAUUUAAUAAUGAUAAUAUUAUUAAACAAGCAACAAAAGCAAUUAAUCAUUAUUAUUUUCAUACUUUAGAAAAUCCUACACAUAGAAGUAAAUCAUUUUGGCAUAAUUUUAUUGAACAUUUUGGAGCCUUUAGAAGAUAUCAAAAUCUUCCUUAUAUUAGUUCUGAUAUGACUAGUUCACAUAAUUUUGAUCAUUUAGAAUGUGUAAACAAUUUGAUUCUCGCUCUUGAACCAUUAACAAAUUGUGUUAAUCAAUUUGUUAAAGAUAAUUACAAAAAUUUAUAUAUGAAAUUAAACAAUUUAGUUUUAGGUCCAUUUGUAUCAAAAACUUUUGGAAUUUUCCUAUAA